AUGGCCACCGAGGAGGACCAUCCAGAGCACAACCGCGUGUGGCCUGAAUUCGUAGAGUCCAACAUCUACUAUAAAGUUGAGAGUGUCCGGGAUAUUAAUUUUGAACCCACUUCACGUGGUCCUUACUUUGGACGCACAAGCUCGUAUGCGCCGCUGUGCUCCUCCUCUUCCCCCUCCGGCGGCCAUCGCUACAAGUCCAUCUUCAGCUUCAGCGACUCCUUCGCUGACACGGGCAACAACCCCAUCGUCUUCGGAUGGUACUCCGUCUUCGACCACGUCACAAGGCCUCCCUACGGCACCACCUUCUUCGGCCGCCCCACCGGCCGCAACGGGGACGGGCGGCUCAUCAUCGACUUCAUCGCUGAAAACAUGGGCCUGCCGUAUGUGCCGCCCACCCUGGCGCACAACGGCAGCUUCCGCCGAGGUGCCAACUUCGCCGUUGGAGCCGCCACUGCCCUCGACGCCGGUUUCUUCCAUGAGAGGGACAUCCCCGGUGGCUCCAGCAAGUUCCCCCUCUACACCAGCCUAGGCGUGCAGCUGGAGUGGUUCGAGUCCAUGAAGCCUACAUUGUGCCACACAGCUCGAGAGUGCAAGAAAUUCUUCGGCACGUCCCUCUUCUUAGUGGGCGAGUUCGGAGUCAACGACUAUCACUUCUCUUUCCAAAGCAAAACGGUGCAGGAAGUCCGGUCCUUCGUUCCAGAUGUUGUCGCAACCAUCUCCAUGGCCAUCGAGAGGCUGAUCAAGCACGGGGCGAGGAUCCUGGUGGUUCCCGGCGUGAUCCCGUCCGGAUGCUCGCCGCCCAUCCUGACCAAGUUCGCCGGCGCCCCACCGUCAGCAUACAACUCCAAAACCGGCUGUCUGACAGCGCACAACGAGCUGGGGCUGUACCACAACGAGCUGCUGCAGGCGGCUCUCACCAAGCUCCGGGCCAAGCACCGUAACGUCAAGAUCAUCUACGCCGAUUUCUUUCGUCCAAUCAUGGAGAUGGUGGAGUCGCCACACAAGUUCGGUUUUGAAGAGGACGUACUAAUGGUGUGCUGUGGAGGGCCUGGAAGGUACGGAAUGAACGCGACGGUUCUAUGCGGCGAUGCAGCCGCGACGACGUGCCGGGAUCCGUCUGCUCGGCUGUACUGGGACGGCGUCCACUUGACAGAGGCGGCAAACCGACACCUCGCCGAUGUCUGGCUGGGCGAGAUCAACUCGUUCACUGGAGUGAGCACCAAGGAUUUGGAUCCCGAGUGCAAGUUUUUUCUCUCGGGGCACCGGAAUUCUCGGUUACCAUGAAAUCCCGGAAAAAAAUUCGGACGAAAUUUGAAAUUGAAUUUUGAAUUAAAAUUAUUUGAGUGUUCUAUAGAUAA